GUGAGCACAGUUGGGUGGCACUGAUGGGCAGAGGUGGGUGGCACUGAUGGGCACAGGUGGGUGGCACUGAUGGGCACAGGUGGUUGGCACUGAUGGGCAGAGUUGGGUGACACAGGUGGGUGACACAGAUGGGUGGCACUGAUGGGCACUGGUGGGCGGCACUGCUGGUCACAGGUGGAUGGAACUGGUGGGUGGCACUGCUGGGCACCGAUCAUCAGGGCACUGAUCAUCAGUGCCCUGAUGAUCAGUGCCGAUCCCUGCUCUGACAACUGCUGGUUCUCGGCAGUACUUUCAUCACGUUCUGACAGCGUGAGGAAAGUGCAGCCGAGAACCGGCAAUUGC